GCAGUCAGGCCGGGAGACUCCACCCACACCGGCACGGCCAAACCCCAAUUCCUCCCCCAGAAUUUGUGCGUAAACCAGGAUCCUCCCACAUACAUCCUCCAGUCAGGAGUGUAAUCAGCACGCACACACGAAUCUGAUGCUAAAAUAAUCGAACGCAGGGAUUCAUAUGUGAUCCGAUUAUUAUUAUUAUCGGAGGCUGACAUGAAAUCAGUCGGCAGUAGCAGGAAUAACAGCCAGCACGCGGUUCCAGCCCUCUAAGCUGGCGGAUGGGCUUCACACGUCCUCCCACGACCGAGUCGGGCUCAGCCCGAUCAGCUCCAACCUAAGAAUGGAAGGCGGCAAGACGUGGGCGAGCCGGCAGAGUACCAAAGCAGACAGAUUGACCCAAAGGAUCACACAUGCAAAGCAACAACAAACAGCCAAAGAUGAGUCAUGUUACUAAAAGAGAUGGAGAUGGAUUGCAAACAAUCACUUCAGUAAAUACUAAUGCUAAUGCAAUAGGAGGCGCUUUUCCACCGCACCAGGUACUGUACUUUCGGUACUUCAGUACUUUGGAGUGGGACUUGCAAACACUUUCAUUGUCGAUCUGGUUAUGCAAGUAGCCUGCCUCUGAAACACAAUACAACUGCCACCUUGAAAAAAGUCACAAACUCUGAAAACAAAGUUUAAAAAAAGAAGUAAUGAUAAUGGAUGCAUGGACACAUGAAGAGACCCAAGCUUUAAUUGUGAUCUGGUUGGAAGAACAGAUACUACAGAUCAGGAUAGCAUGACAUGAAGUAAAAUAAAUUGUAUAAUAUAUUAGGACAGCAUGGUAUUAUACUGCUGUAAUAAAUACUGGGGUAUUUAUAAAACAAAAAAAGGAGUUCACCAUAAAUUUCUCACAAACCCAUUUAGGAGUGAUUUAAACAGCAAAGAUGAAAAUUAUUACAAUUGCCUCGGGGAACGCAUGCAGUGCUCAUCCAAAUGCAGCAGAGGUAAACUUUAAACUGAUUUUUAGAUGUAUGCUAGAUACUCUUGAAAAGGAAUAAUCAAUAAAAUUGCAAAACUUUUUCCUAUGACAGAGUAAAAAUGUUCUAGUGAAAUUUAAACCCCCUGCGCUGCAAUGUCUGUAAAGGACUGAAAGUAAGAAAAAACCUGAUCUUAAUCUAGCUGACUAGUGAUGUAACAAUUGCAUGUGCAUAACAUGCGAUGUAUAUAUUAAUAGUGCACAUUGUCCAGCCCUAUAAUAUACUAUAGCCAUUUUUUGAAUUCAGUACAAAAUACCCCGGCUUGUGAUGUGAUGUCAUUUGGCACUGGUACCAGUUUUCAUGUGAAAAACCAAUAACUUGAAGUACCAAACUUUUGAUACUGUCUUGAAGUAUCAAAAGUAUGGUACCUGGUACAGUGGAAAAGCACUCAGAGGUUAACACAAACAACUGUCAUAUUACACACAACUUCUGACUCACAUGCGUAUCUCUGUAAAAAUUCAAAUUAGCAUCCAGAUUAAUGAUUAAGUUGCUGAGUCAGUGUUCUUCCCUGUAUGGCAUCACCUUCUAAAAGGUUUUUCUUAAAGGCAGAAAUGAGAUUCCCGAAUCAUUCCUGAGUCAUCAUUUCAUAGAAUGUUCUGUGAAGAUAUUAAUAAUAGAGAAGUAGAAUAGCUGUCACUUUAAAUGAUUAUUUCCACUCGUGAUUUGUUACUCUGUAGCACAGCAUGGCUCAAACACGCAACGCCAAAGGUCAGCAGAUGCCCUGAAACGUCAGACUCACUCAGCAAAGAAUGGCGGGCUCCACAAGGACUGCGUGCCCCAAAAAUCCUUGUUCCAGGGCCACACAAAACUUCAGGGCGAAGCCACUGUCCAGCGUGACAGACCCCCUCACCGUUAUGUCACCAGGGAGCACAGGCAAAGCACAGAUGUGACAGGGAAUGCUUUCUGUUUUCACAGAAUGACGUUUCUAUAAUUGGUCAGAUGGGAUGGAUGGCAGCGCAUCACGAAUGACCUGCGGUGCUGGCUGCGGCUCCCCCUGCUGCUGGCCACCAGCAUUGCUGCCUCCAGUAAGAGCGCCUGCAUUUCUUACUUCUUGGUCGGACCAAAGUAGACGCCAGCUAUGACAACUGGCGAUUUGAGAGGAUGUCUCCGAAAGCUUGAACGUCAGCUUCGAUCGCUUAAGUACCCCAGAGAAGUGGAUUAUUGCGCUUUGGCCAGAGGUGAGCCUUCGUCGGUUCUGCCAAUCGUGAGCUACGCCUUCGUCUCCUAUUCGUCGCAUGUCGCCGAGCACCUGGUCGGGCUCGGGGUCGAGCUAGCGGGGAAGAACGACCUUCGCUUCGUGGAAACCGUGUAUAAGGUCCUUCGCGACGUCUUCCACUAUAAGCCGCUGCUGACCAAGCAGCAGUUCCUGCAGCCCGGUUUCGCCGAGCAUAAGAUCGGCAUCCUCUGCGACGUCAUCGGAUUCGUGACCAGGAAGCACGGACAGCUGUGCAAAGCGUCCAGGCCUACUUUCCAGAAAAGGAGUAAAUCCGGAUUUCCAUCCAUCGAUCCGCUGUGUAAAAUGGAGAAGCUCCCUACCACUGAUGUAGUAACGUCUGGGACCUUCAGUAAGCUGCCCUUGGUGGAGAGACACACCGGCGGUACGACUUCCGCGCUCACCAACCCCUUGUGCGACGAGGGGGACUCUGAGGAAGGAUCUGAGACUAGCUCUGAGAGGGAGGAGCCUGAAGCUGAUGACCCACCGUCACCCGAUUGGCCGACGGGGCCGCAGGUUCGCCCCACGCAAUCUCUCCCACUGUGGCAAGUAAUGGGCAGCCCACCUUCUUGUCACGCACGUGACCUGCAGAUGGAUGAGGCAAGGCUGCAGGCUCUCGAGGCCCAGCUGCAGGAGUGCCAGGCCAAGCUGGAGAAGCUCUCCAGCCUGGAGAGGCGGCUGCAGGCCCUGGAGAGGGACACAGCUGGGAAGGUCGUUAUGGACAGGGAGCAGUGGGAGAACCUGGAGAGCCGGGUGCUGCUGCUGGAAACCAGGCUGGCCCUGAGCUCAGCACAGGCAGAAUCAUCAUUACUGCUGACAGAAAAGGACGACAUAACGAGCCAAGAAGUUUCUGAAGCUGGACCUGAGAGUUCCAGCGCCCUCUGCGGCAGUCUGGCAGGACAUCGACCCCCUGAAGCAAGUCCCAUCUCUAUGACAGAUGUCUCAAAGGGGACGUUAAAGCGAUUGGAGAGAAUCGCCAGCAUGAUGAAAGAUACAUCAGGUCUUCUGAGAAGUGCAGAUCCCUCUAUGUAAAUUCUUCCCAUUUUCUUUUGUAAGCAUGUAUUUUAAUAUUUAAAACAUUCUCAUGCACAUAAAUAAACUGUGACCAGUUAA